UGGAUUCCACUUGGACGAUGGGAAAUUCUACUUAAGUUGAGACGAAACUAGAACAAAAACUUUAUGAACCCAUAUAAACGAAGGCCAAUUUUUGGUCUGAGCAGUUAUGGGGCGUCAUCUUUGAAGAAAGUUGCAGAUUCAAUAUGUUUGCCUCUGCCGCUUCUUGUCCCACCGACCCCUCCUAUACAUUCAACAAUCUCAAAAUAUAUGAUGUUUACUUAAGCUUUUAUGGCCCUGAUAUCAACUGCCAAUGGUUUGCUAGCCGACUGUGUUCUGCUUUUCUCGAAGCAGGCAUUUUCACCCGGUUAGAAGAAAAAUUAACAGAUGAUAGCCCUUCUUAUCAACGCAUCCGAGAAAGUAGGAUCUGCAUUCCCAUUUUCUCCCGAAUAUUUGUCCAGUCACAUUCGUUUUUGAAUGAAGUGUGUUUUAUGGUUAAGUCCAGUGUCAAAAUUUUUCCUCUGUUUUAUGAUAUUGUGCCUUCAGACGUUCGCCACCAGGUCAGGCUUACAUCUGAUCAACAUUUCGAACAACAUCCAAGCAGAGAGAUAGUCGGACCAAUACAGAACGUUUCCCAUAUAUGUGGCUGGUCUGGGGAUCAAUAUAAAGUAUUGACCGAUAUUGGUUCGCAGUUAUUCAGGGAAGCCGAUUGGAUUAAAGAUGUCGUGAGGGAUGUAGGGAAAAUCUUAGAGACGUAUAAGGUUCAUUUGGAUACACCGAAAUGCUUUGGUUUAGACUGGCUUGUGGAGCAUGUCAAGGGAUUAUUAAACUUAGCGGAUCGUGAGAAGAAGAUUGUGAAAGUGGGUAUACAUGGGAUGCCCGGUAUUGGUAAAACCACCCUGGCCAAGGUUGUUUGCAAAGAAGUCUUCUACAGUCAGUUUGAAGUGCAUUGUUUUGUACUGGGUGUGGGAGAAAGAUGUCAACUGGAAGAUGGAAUCGUAAAGCUGCAAACCCAUAUGCUCAAAGAUGUCACCCGAUUCAUGCCCAAAGAGGAGUCGCUCCCAUUCAGAGGCGAAGUAGAACAUAUUGAUCGAGGUAAAUACAUGCUACAAGAGUGUCUCAGGGGUAAGAGAGUUCUACUACUUCUUGAUGACAUUCAAAGUGCCGAGCAGCUGGAAGCUCUUGCAGGAAAUUUCACCGACAUUGGGGCUGGCAGUCGUUUGCUCAUUACAUCUCAGAAUCAACAAAUUCUAAAAUUGGCGAAUGUUGAUGAAAUGUACGAGGUAAGAAGGCUUUCUCAAGAACAUGCCAUGGAGUUAUUCAAAUUCCACGCUUUCCCUAGUUCACACUGUCCAGAUCCAGAGCUACAAACUCUAAGCACCAAUAUUGUUGAUUCUUGUGAGGGCCAUCCUCUUGCACUCCAACUUCUUGGCAAAAGCCUGGUUGGUGAAGACGAUAGAGAGGUAUGGAAAGACAUGGCAGACAAGUUAAGUGAUGAGCCUUAUAUGCAAAAGAAACUUAGAGCCACCUACGAUACCCUUGACCCCAAUGAAAGGGAGAUGUUUCUAGAUAUUGCUUGCCUUUUUACGGGGCAGGACAAGGACAUUGCUAUGAUCUUUUGGGCCGAAAUGAAAUGGAAUUGUCAUGCGUCUCUCGCACAUAUUUUUCAAAAGUCCUUGGCGAACGUGGGCCCUGGUAAUGAAUUAUGGAUGCAUCGGUGCCUCCGAGAUUUGGGAACAACUUUAGCAAAUGAAAUUUCUCCAGAGCCCCAUAAACGCACAAGACUAUUCCAUGAGGACGAUGUGCACCAUUUGUUACGUCGACCCUGGGAAAAGGCCAAGACAGUUCGCUAUCUUCGCUACGAGCCCAAGGAAAGGAAGACAGUGAAGCCAGGCAUGUUCAUGCAGCUGUACAACUUGAGGUUGCUUUGGCUUGUAGAUGUUGAUAUAAAGGGACACUUUCCUGAGGCACUCUACUUUGACGAAUUGAGAUGGCUAAGAUUGACGAGAUGUUCAUUAACACGGUUACCUCCGGGAAUGAACCUGAACAACCUUGUUAUUCUGGAGGUGACUGAUAGCCAAAUAACUCAUCUAUGGGACGAAAAGACAGAAGAAUAUUCAAACAUAUGCCCCGAGAAACUUAAAGUGCUUAUUUUGAGAGGAUGCGCGUCCCUGGAAAAACUUCCUCCAACAAUAAUCUAUAACCAGUUGCAGAUCCUGGACUUGCACAAUUGCCAAACACUGAGAAACCUGCCCAAUAAUUUGGGGAAUACUCUGGGAAACUUCCACAGCUUAGUUUCUCUCAACAUGAAAGGCUGUGGCGUUUCUUAUUUGCCCGAGGAUUUCGGCAUGCUUUCAAGUCUGGAAGAAUUGGAUAUCUCUUGGUGUAAGAAUCUAUGCAACCUUCCGGCCAGUUUCGGCAAUUUGAGUCGGUUGGAAAAACUAGAAAUUCACCACAAUUCAAAUCUUCGAGAGCUACCGGUCACCAUGGGUGGCCUAAAAAGUUUGGCUUAUCUGGAUGCCGGGUACUGCCAAUUGUGUGAAAAUGGACUCCCAGCCGGACUAUUCGAAUUGUGUUCAUUAAGAAUCAUCCAUCUAGAAUAUAACAGGUUUCGUAGCCUUCCCGGCAGCUUACAAAAGUUGAGUGGACUUUGGGAACUCCAUGUGGACGGGUGCAGCGAGCUUUCCGAAUUGAGAGCGGUCCCACUAUCACUAGAGAUGCUGUUUGCCCGUGACUGUAUGCAAUUGCAGAGCAUAUGCUGUUUGUCCGGACUGAAAAGUCUGUGUAGAUUAGACGUAAGCAGGUCAUGCCAUCUGACGGGUCUGCCGGGAUUGGAAUCAUUGCAAGGAUUGACAACAUUGAAAUUGGUGGGAUGUACAAAACUUUCCAGCUCAAUACUCGGAAGUUGCUUGGCUGGUCUCAAGUCGCUGGAGAGCAUUUUCAUUGCGGGGCCCGGUGUCAGCUCAAAGCAAUUACUUUCUUUCUACGAUACCAUCAAGGCCAUCUCUUUCGAGAGUCAAUGUCUAAUGUCCACUCCAGCUAUCACUUUGACUUGGCUUCAUGCCGAGCCGAAUGGAGAAAACCGGGAUGAAAAUAAUUGUUUUGAGUACUGUGCAGUUGAUAGUGAGAUUAGCUACUGUGCAGGAUAUAUUGUUUGUUGUCUUUCGCUUGGCCACAAUUUUGAUUGCGAAGGCAGGAACAGGCUGCGCUACAGCAUUGAAAGGAAUCAUAAUUUACGGGCAUGUGAAAUGAUCCACCCGGACGUAGAUUGUGGAAGAGAAGAUGUGUUGGAAGUACGUGUGGUGAGAACGGAAGGUGAUUUUGACUUCAAUUGGCUGAGGAUGGGAGACAAAAUGAGAGUGAGUGCGCGCUCUGAUCAUCAGGAUUGGAAGGCCUGCUUCAAAUUCUUGAUGUACGAUCCUCUGAAUGGAAUUUAUCCUUGUGUAGAAGAAAAACCUCCUCGUACCAUAACAUUUGGCGUGUAAAACUAUAUAAAGACAUUAAGCUUUCUUCAAGCACACAUUUUGUUUGUAAUUAAUUGUACAAAGGUAAAUCCUAAAGGAUGUGUAUUUAACGUAGCCAAAAUUUGAAAGUAACUCAAUCCAAAUAUAAAUGUUAUAUUUCUGGCUAGUAAAUGGUGUUUCAAUCUUAUAUUUAUAUAGUAAAUUUAUAUUUGAGUAUA